CGGCUCCGCCUCUGGCAGCCGCGGGGCUCUCCCUGAGGUGGAGCGGACGGGGCCAUGUCUGCGGCUGAGGGUGCCCGGGAAGGCGUCAGGGAAGGAUCGGGAGGUGCUGAGGGUGAUGGUGGCCUCGGUCUCCUCAACCGCUUCGUGCAGCUACCGGGAAGGCCGCGAUCGGCGGGCCACAGAUGCCCUCCAGCAAGAAGCGGCCAUCGUUGCGUGGCAGACAGCUCCAACUUGUAUGUGUUUGGGGGCUACAACCCUGACUACGACGAGUCUGGUGGGCCAGAGAAUGAAGAUUACCCACUCUUCAGAGAGCUCUGGAGGUACAAUUUUGCUACAGACACCUGGCACCAGAUGGGCACUGAAGGCUACAUGCCCAGGGAGCUGGCAUCCAUGUCACUUGUACUGCAUGGCAACAACCUCCUGGUUUUUGGGGGCACCGGGAUCCCCUUCGGAGAGAGCAACGGCAACGACGUCCACGUCUGCAAUGUUAAAUACAAAAGAUGGGCUCUGCUCAGCUGCAGAGGGAAGAAACCCAAUAGGAUUUAUGGCCAGGCCAUGGCCAUCAUCAAUGGCUGUCUCUAUGUGUUUGGAGGAACAACUGGGUACAUUUACAGUACUGACCUCCAUAAACUCGACCUCAACACCAGAGAGUGGAUCCAGCUGAGACCAAACAACAUGUCCUGUGACAUGCCAGAGGAGAGGUACAGACAUGAAAUUGCACACGAUGGUCAAAGGAUUUAUAUCUUGGGAGGUGGAACUUCCUGGACAGCUUAUUCCUUAGAUAAGAUCCAUGCCUACAACCUGGAAACCAACACCUGGGAGGAAAUUGCUACAAAACCUCACGAAAAAGUUGGCUUCCCAGCAGCCAGAAGAUGCCACAGCUGUGUUCAGAUUAAAAAUGAUGUGUUUGUUUGUGGAGGCUACAAUGGAGAAGUGAUACUGGGAGAUGUUUGGAAGCUGAAUCUGCAAACUUUCCAGUGGGUGAAGCUCCCAGCUGCCAUGCCAGAACCAGUUUAUUUCCACUGUGCUGCUGUCACACCAGCUGGCUGCAUGUAUGUCCACGGAGGGGUUGUCAACAUCCAAGAAAACAAACGGACUGGCUCUUUGUUUAAAAUGUGGCUGGUGGUGCCCAGCCUGCUGGAACUCUCCUGGGAGAAGCUCCUGGAAUAUUUCCCUCACCUUGCAACUCUCUCCAGAUCUCAGCUUUUGCACCUUGGACUGACUCAGGGCCUGGUGGAGCGACUAAAAUGAGAACAUCUCCUGCUUCUGGCCCCCCAGGGAUGCUAAAGUUCCAGGAGUUCCUUCCCACUCCCUCCCCUAUUUAUGGAUUCCAUGGAUGCUCUUGCUCAAGAACGUUGGAGGAACCCACUCAGCGCCUUACUCAGCAAAUACAUUGAUGCCUUUCAAGAAAAGCUUUUCAGUUGUUGGCAAAAUUCACUUUUUAUUUAUGGAUCUCUCCCAUCACACCAUUCAUCCCAACAAACCCCAAACCCUUUGGGAUUAAUCCCAUGCCAUCCAGCCCAUCAAACUGUCAGCAACACAUGCUUGCAGCUUCCCUGGGGAGGGAGGAGGGGAGGGGAAACUUAGGGAAUGUCUCCCAUGUGGCACCUUCCAACUUUAUCUACUCACAAGCUGGAUCUAACAGAGGACCCUGACCACAGGACAGCAGCCCCCACCCCUUAUUUCACCUUGGAUGACACUCAUCCCCUCUAACUCCUGCCGGAACUCUCCCUUUCUAUCCAAAAAAAAACCAAAACAAAAAUUCCCAGAGUGUGGAAGGCUUUGCAUGUGUUCCAUGGGCAUGUUCCCACCUCUUUGAGCUGGAAUUCCACAGCUGGAAUGUGGUGUUGGGAGGCACCCAGCCUCCCUCCUGCUGCCCCAUCUCUGCCCCUUUUCAUAUUGAAAGGUUUGCUUGGGAAGACUUCAAAGUUGCCACUUACUGGACUACUGUGUAGUUUACUUGGGGAGGGGAAAAGGUUUUGCUGAUUUAUUUUUUUUUUAAACCCUUUUUUGGCUCAUAACUGAAAAAAAA